CCGCCGAGCCGCCCCCCACAGCCCCAGAGCCUGGCCCCCCAAGUUUGGCCUCCUCCACCCCUGCUGAGCUGCCCAUUCCCCUGGAGUUGCCCCUCAGUGCCCUGGAGUUGGCUGUGGUUAGCAGGAUGUGGCUGGCGAGGAAGCAGGCCUGGCACAGUGAGCGGGCACCGCUGCAGAAUAUCCUGUGGGAGCUACAGAAGCUGGCAGGCCAGGCUGGAUUGCAGGAGCAGGAUCUGUCUCCUUUCUCUUUCCCCACCCCUGUCUCUUCCCAGCUGGAGGAGGCGCUGUCCCGUCUGCUGCAGGAGAAUCAGACCCUGCGGGCUGAGCUGGCACUGUGGCAAUCCCAUGCCCGAGAGGAAUGUACCACACCUGCCACUGGAGACGGACAACACCAGGGGACCUCAGCCACCCCUCCUCCAGCGCCCCGAGGGGAUAGAGGCCAGGCGGACCUUACUUAUGUUCUCCAGACUGUCUGGCCGGGGGUACGGGAUGCCCAGACCCAGACAGAGGGGCCAGCACGGGGCAGGCGCCACAGGGAGCUCAUCUCGGCGGCCUUUGACCACACUCAGUAUGAGCCCUAUGGGCUGCCUGAGGUCGUCAUGAAAGGUUUUGCGGACAUCCCCUCCGGCCCCUCCUGCCCCUAUGUCCUUCGGAGGGGGCUCCUGGGCAGCACCCCCUUGGCCCAGCUGGCACCCAAAGCUGAGCCAGAGGAGGAUCCCGCUGAACCUGAUAUGGGCACCAGUGUCUGAGAGCAUCUACACUGCUGGCCUGGAUGGCAGAAAUGUCCCCCCUCCAGCUACAAAGAUCCCUGAUGUUGCCUGGAGCUCCCCAGCUGCUAUGUGGCACCUUAUGGCUGAGAAGGGGAGUCCUUCUCCCCUUCCCUCCACAGCUGGACACGUGUAACCCUCUGGGAUUUAUUUUACAACCUGGCUUCCUUAAGGUGCUAAAAAUUGUGGGUGCUACAGCUCAAUGGGCUCACAGCUGCUCAGUGCCCCCCUCCCUGCACACAAGGAAUGGGGGGGCUCAAUGAAUGGGGUUAAUUGGAAUCUCUGCACACACACCCCCCCACAGACACACAGCUUGAAGGGAGUUAAGCCCUCUAUUCUUGGCUCAGGGAAUCAAAGGGCAGGUUGUGUCCACCCACCCAAAGUUUGGAGGAGCUGCUAUGCUGAGUCACCCCCCCCCCCCGCUCGAGAGGGGCUCAGCAGAAGUUCCUCAGAGAGAGGGGGUGCAGCACAGGGAGUCUUCCCCCCACACACACCCGCCCCAGCUCUGGGGUUUAUAUGUAACUCUGUCUCCCCCAGCCCCAAUA